GCUUUCCAAAUGUACUCCUCACACAAACCACAAUCCUCUCUUCUCUAGAGCAACCCAUCUUUGGUUACUUACUUAUAUAUAUAUAUAAUUAUAUAUGAAGAUGUGGAGGGUUGUGUGUUUGAUGUUGGUGGUUCUUGGCAUGCAAUAUGUGAGUACUAAAGGAGCACCACAAGUCCCAUGUUAUUUCAUAUUUGGUGACUCUCUUGUGGACAAUGGCAACAACAACCAGCUUACAUCUUUGGCUAGAGCUAAUUAUUUCCCUUACGGCAUUGACUAUCGCGGCGGCGCCACCGGACGCUUCUGCAACGGUAAAACCACCGUUGAUUUCAUAGCUGAGCUUUUGGGGUUUAAUUCAGUCAUCGGUCCUUACGCAACUGUAAGAGGUAAUCAAAUACUACAGGGAGUGAAUUAUGCAUCAGCAGCAGCCGGAAUUAGAGAGGAAACCGGGCGCCAACUGGGUGCUCGAAUUACGUUUAGUGGACAAGUAAGGAAUUACCAAAACACAGUGUCACAAGUAGUGAGCUUAUUAGGUAAUCAAGCAGCAGCUGCACAAUACCUAAGCAAGUGCAUAUACUCAAUUGGGAUGGGCAGCAAUGACUACCUUAACAACUAUUUCAUGCCACUCUACUACAACACUGGCAACCAGUUCACGCCAGACCAGUACGCCGACGACCUCAUUCGCCGUUACUCUACCCAACUGCGAAGUAUAUAUAACUACGGAGCAAGAAAGUUUGUGUUGUUUGGAGUAGGGCAGAUAGGGUGCAGCCCAAGCCAGUUGGCCCAGAACAGCCCAGAUGGAAGAACAUGUGUUAAGAGAGUUAAUGACGCUAAUCAGAUAUUCAACAACAAGCUUAGAUCUCUAGUUGAUCAAUUCAACAAUCAAUUCACCGAUGCGAAAUUUAUCUACAUCAAUUCUUUUGGGAUUAACCAAGAUUUGUUAGCAAAUCCGGGCGCUCAUGGUUUACGGGUUACAAAUGUUGGAUGUUGCGGAGUUGGGAGGAACAACGGGCAAAUUACAUGUCUACCGGGGCAGAUGCCUUGCCAGAACAGGAAUGAGUAUCUGUUUUGGGAUGCAUUUCACCCAACUGAGGCUGCGAAUCGCGUUAUUGGGGGGAGAUCAUACGCUGCUCAGUCUCCGUCGGAUGCUUAUCCGUACGAUAUCCGCCGGUUGGCACAGCUCUGAUGAUGGUGUUGCUGGUACUGGAUGCUCAAAGGAGCAAACUAAAAAAAAAAAACUGGAGGUUUUCGUAUUGUUUUCUAUGUUAUUGUGUUGUUAUUGUCAUGAGGUGAUCAUAAAGUGUAGUCACUUAUGUGGAGUGUAAUAAUUUAAUUUUGCUAAGUUUGAAUGUCAUUGUAAGCAACAUAUGAUUUGAGUUUAA